CCGACUGACACAAACACACACAUGCACACGAUCCGGAUCGGUGCUGCAGACAGGGAGCCAUGACGCCAACRUGUAAGAUACACAGAAGAGCUGAUAGAAAUCUGAGUCUUGUGACAUGGGCAACCACCCUGGAACGCUUGAGUGUGGGAUGGCUGAACUGGUGCGAAUCCGCAAGAAAAAGCUGCAGAUACCAAUCUCUAGGCUCAGGAGCAUGUUGAAGCAGCUUGAGGAGAAGGAUGUUGAUUUUGAGGAAAUCAAAAAGAAUUUGGAUUUUACAGCAUCGUUGCUGGAGGCAGUUUACCUCGAUGGCACACGCCAGUGUCUGGAGUCUGAAGAUGAUCUUCACCAGCUGCAGUCAGACGGGGUGCCGUCAGAGGUCACAGAYUGGCUUGCGUCCACCUUCACACAGAGGAUCCGGAGGCCUGUCCGCCGCUCUGAUGAGAAGCCCAAGUUUCGCAGCAUUGUGCACGCAGUGCAAGCUGGGAUUUUCGUGGAGAGGAUGUUCAAGAGGGCCUACAGCGUGUCGAUGCCAGACCAACCUGCAAUGGUCGUAAACUGCCUCAGGGAUGUGGAUCGUUGGAGCUUUGACGUGUUUGCUCUGAACUCUGCCAGCUCUGAUCACGCGCUACAAACGCUCUUCUUUGAGCUGAUCACCCGAUAUGAACUCAACAGCCGUUUUAAGAUCCCUAUCUCAUGCAUGACUGAAUUCCUGUCUGCGCUGGAGAGAGGGUACCGCAAACACAACAACCCCUAYCACAACCAUCUCCAUGCUGCUGAUGUGACUCAGACUCUGCACUGCCUGCUGCUGCGCUCUGGACUUGUGGGAGCUGCGAUCACUUGUUAUAGAGAUGGUGUUGGCCACUGACAUGUCCUCCCACCUACUCCAGGUCAAAGCCAUGAAAUCCUGUCUGAAACAACAGGAACGGAUUGAUAAGCCCAAAGCGCUGUCUCUGUUACUGCACACGGCUGACAUUAGCCAUCCAUCCAAACCCUGGGCGCUGCACUCUCGCUGGACCAAAUCCUUAAUGGAAGAGUUUUUCAGGCAGGGCGAUAGAGAGGCAGAGCUCGGCCUUCCCUUCUCUCCGCUGUGCGAUCGAAAAAGCACCCUAGUAGCCGAGUCCCAGAUUGGUUUCAUAGACUUCAUUGUGUAUCCUACGUUCUCGCUGUUGACGGACAUGGCAGAAAAAAUUGUUAUUCCCUUGGUGGAGGAGAACCCAGGACCCCCAGACCCCUGCAACAGACACAGUAAUCUUUGGAAGGAGAGCUCCAGAGGCCUGCAGUGGAGUCUGGCACACAUCACAGCCGAACUGGUGAGCUUCCGCUCCACUUGGACCCGACACACUGAAGACAACAAGCUCAAAUGGAAAGAGACUGGAUCAAAUGGAUUUUCUGACGCCAGUGUUACAAAAGAACAAAGAUCCAACAAAGAAGAGCUGUCAGAGAAAUCCCUUCAAGACUCCACAGCUGAUAAAAAACAGUAGUUGGGACUUUUUUUCUUGUGAUAUCGUCUUGUUUCGUUGAAUAUUCGCAAAGUUCAGCCGAGGGUAACAAUAAAUUACUUUUUGUAAGAAAACCACAAAUCCUUUCAUUACUGAGAAAGAGAUAGUGGAGGAAGAAUUGAGGUGGAACUAAAGGUCAAAAUCAUCCUUCAAAGGUAAGAUGUGCAAUAUCAGAAAAUAAAUGUCCUUAUGUCUUAUUUUAAACAUAGUAACAGCAAUUUAAAUAGAAACUGUGCAUGCUGGUCAUGUAUGAUAUAGUUCAUGGUAUUAAUUUAUGUUGCCACCUAAACACAACAACAGGAACAUUUGUCUAAUUGUGAUCUGAACACACACAGAUAUUUAACCUUGCAUUAAACUAAAACAAUGCAUUA